AUGAGUGACCAGCAAUGGCAACAACCGUCCUCGACGUUUGGACGGGGAGGAGGGUCUGUGAAAAGGGCGAGGCAGCGGAUGGAAGCAGGCCUUGCACCAGAGAGAUCAGCGCCACCACCGCAACAGCCACAGCAAAGGUCUUUUGUCCCAUCUCGAGCCGCGCCAGAGCCGUCAAUGAAUAGAUCGAGGCCUCAAAUGCCACCAGCACUGGCAACAUCAAAAGGUGGACAGGGUCCAAUUGGUGUGGCUAUCUCUAGACCUACUCAAGUUCCCCAAUGGCCGUUAGCAGGGACAAUAGAAGGGCCAGAUACCCGUGGUAAUCAGCAAUAUCAACCGCCACCGGGUCGAAGCAUACCCCCUCAGCGACCACCGCGUCCCAGCCAUGUACCUUCGAUGCUGGAUGCGUCGCGGCUACAGGAGCACACACCUUCAUUUCAAUAUCAACCGCAAAAUUCACCACCGGAAAGAAGCCUGGGAAGAGGAUUGAGGGUUGGAGAAGAGGACGCUGACUCGCCCAUCCUCACGUCACCAAUGACACAAUCGUCACGACCUUCUACCGUCUCAUCCGUGGGAACAAUACCAGACUUCCCUGUGCCCAUGCCGCCACCACCAGCAGCUGCACCAAAAAGGAGCGGACUUGGACCUCCACCACUUUCGCGGCGGGGAGCUUCAUCCUACUACUCCCAAGCAUCAUUCGUAUCGCCAAUUCCGGAGGAGAGUCCCAGAACACAUGCUUCUCAUGGGUCCUACGCUUCAAGUGCUGCCAUACCAUCGAGUUGGGGAUCGGACUCACCAGGUUAUCCGUAUGAUGAGGAAGACGAUGACGAUGAUAUCACGGAACGAGGAUUUGGACACGAUGUAAUUGAGGAGAGGGGCGAGUCGAGGGAAUCUAAUGUGGAUGACAAUGAGGACCGGGGAUUAAUACGUAGUGCUAGUCUGGGGAAACGAGCAAAACCAUCCAUGAUUACAACUAAAAGCUUCGAACAACAUCGACCGGCUCUAGUUCAACAGCAAAACCAGCAGCCAUCGAACAUGGUGAAAACGGGUGUAAGAGAUAGUGGUCUAGGAGGAGCACUGGCGCCUCUUCAGAGGAAAGAAUCACAGCGGGAAACAAGAUGGCCAAUGGUAGGGAACCCAGACUCGGCUCUCGCAAGCGGAACGGGGUUCAUUGAGGGGUCAUCUUCAGAAGAAUCAAUGCCUACAGUGGCCAGGGACGCUACAGUAGAGCGGGCGAUGGGAAUUGAAUCGCCUAUAGAGCGAAGGGCGAGUCAAAUUUUAGGAGCGUACAAUGCUGCGAGUUCGCUACAGCCGUCAGCGCCAAACCCGAUCAGAACUCCAAGUCCAGGAUUCAGCAGGCUUUCCGCCAUUCGCAGACCACCUCGUCUUGAUAUCGACGCUGUUCGAGAUGCUGAAGCAAGAGGCAGUCUGACAAGUCUUCCGGAUCUUAUUCGACGAGCAACCCGACUGGCAGCAUUGAUGGACCGUGGAAGGCGACCAGGUAGCCGGCUUAAUGAUCUUAAUGAUUUCCCCAUGACCGGCGAUACGAAAGAUCGUGACUUACAUUCGUCUGGCAAUGAGAAGCGCCGUUCUGGUCUUUCUGGUAUGCUUGCGGCUUUUCCACCACCAGGCGUAGCAACACCAAGAGACGGUACUCCACGUCCCAUGUCGUCUUGGCCCUCGCCGUACCCCGCAUCCGACGGACAUCUCGAUUCAAAUGGCCAGCCAAGAGAGAAGAAGCGUAGUCGUUGCUGCGGACUUCCAUGCUGGGGUUUCUUCCUUGUCGUCUUAAUACUCUUAAUCAUUAUUGCUGCAGCAGUCGUCAUUCCUCUCGAAUUCUUGGUCAUCCACAAAACUAAAACUGCUUCGGCAGCCUUGACGCCCGUUCAAAAGUGUGAAGCAAACACAACUACAGCUUGCCAAAAUGGAGGGUCAUCAUAUGAUGACAACGGUUCGUGUGCGUGUAUAUGUACAAAUGGCUUUACCGGCUCAACUUGCUCUAUUGCUGGCUCAGUAGGUUGCGUAACAACAACCCUUUCCGGAUCCAAUCUGAACAAUGUCACCGUCGGAGACUCUCUGGCUCGUCUGAUCUCGGGUGCCCAGACGAAUUUCUCGAUACCUCUUUCGGCAAACACAAUCCUGGCACGGUUCAACUCUGCCAGCCUAUCGUGUUCGUCUGAGAAUGCCUUGGUUACAUUUGAUGGUCAAUCCCAACGAGUCAACCAAGCCAACGAUGCUGUAACACCUACCUCGACAUCGGCUUCUGCCACCGCUUCUUCUCAGAACAAAGUGCGAGACAAUCACAAGCAUAGGCGUAGAAGUUCGCCCCAAAGUACAUCAACCUCUAAUGGCAUCAUCUACGAUAGUACGGCGACCGCUUCCUCGAGUACUGGCUCUGCAACAUCAGCAACCCCCUCGGCCAGUUCAACUUCAACCUUCACCGUCACGGAAGAGGUCAUGGACUUUGCUCGUGUUGUUGUAUUAUACGUCCUGCAACAGGAGGAACUCGAAAGUGCAGAAUCGGCUCAGACAGCACUACAGAAAUUCUUCACGCAAUCAGAUACCUUCACCACCAAUGCAGCCAUGAACGUCAGCUUAGGCAGUGGGAACACGGUCAAUCUUUUGGGCUUCAGCGUUAAUGUGGGGAAUGGAACUUUAGGCACAAAGAACACUUCGCAGCGGAGACGAGACGUGGGUCGUCGGAGUGCCAAUCUGUGGACCUCAUAA